GAACAUGACAAACGCCAAUAAAAGAAAAGGAAAAAGAAAACAGAUGAAUGAACACAACUCUCGCCCUCACCGCUUCUCCUCUCGGCUUCAUUGAUUGCAAAGUUACCUCUUACUAUCAAUCUUUUUAUGGGAAUAGCAAACAUGGUGGGGGAUUCUUUCGGGAUUUUCCUAAUUUAUCCGUAAAAAUCUCAUCUUUCUGAUCUGAAUUUAAAACUUGGCUUCUGGGUUCUGUUUGUAAUGGAUUACGGCCGCGAAACCGGGUUUUCUGGAAGCAAUGUUGUUCAGAUACUUACUGGACCCCAAAGCAAUAAUAGUGUUGCUGAGAAUUGGGGUUCAGGGGUGGCUGACCAGGGAGAUUGGGCAACUGAAGAUGAUUAUGGGGCAUGGAAUAGAGAGGCUUCUGUUGAUAAUACUUCUAAUUCAAACUAUGAUGGAAGGCAACAGCAAACAAGGUCUGGAAGUGAACCACCAAAUAAGAAAUCAAGAAACUCCCAAUCAGGUGAUAGUCGAUCAAAGGCAAUUGGAAAGAUGUUUUUCAAAACCAAAUUGUGCUGCAAAUUCCGAGCUGGAACUUGCCCGUAUAUCACCAACUGCAAUUUUGCGCAUGGUAGAGAAGAACUUAGAAGUCCACCUCACAAUUGGCAAGAAAUUGUGGCAGCACGUGAGGAGCGAGCUGUAUCAUCUGAGCCAAUGGGGGAGUUCCAGAUUCCAACACUUGGGUCCUCUGCUCUUGUUGCGGAGACUCAAAGGUCAUAUAAAGGUCGACAUUGCAAGAAAUUUUAUACUGAAGAGGGCUGCCCAUAUGGAGAUAAUUGCACUUUUCUUCACGAUGAGCAAUCAAAAGCUCGAGAGAGUGUGGCAAUAAGCUUGGGUCCUGGAAGUGGUCGCGAAUAUGGGGGCAAUGCCAAUGGAUCUACUGUGAAGCCUUCCAACUGGAAAACCAGGAUUUGUAACAAGUGGGAGUUAACAGGGUACUGUCCAUUUGGAAACAAAUGUCAUUUUGCUCAUGGGGCUCAAGAAUUGCAUCGUUAUGGUGGGGGACCUGCAGAGGCAGACGCGCGAGAUUCUGUUUCUGCUCCUCAGGAGGUAAAGCAGGGGGUUGUCCCUUUUAAAACUCCGGCAGAUGCUGCUGUUGCGCCUAUCACUUCAGUUCCUCAUUCAGAUAACUAUCAUAUGGGGGUUCCAACACAGAGGUUGUCCAAUGUAAUCCAGAGGACCGGCCAUAGGCCCCACCAGAAGUGGAAGGGUCCAGACAAAAUUAGUAGGAUCUAUGGUGACUGGAUUGAUGAUGUUGAGUAGAACUCGAAAUUCUUCACCAGCAUAUACUAAGACUGUCAAAGCGGACUUGCAGUUUGGACUCAUGAAAGAACCGAGUGUUUGGCUCUUUCAGAGAUGGUACUUCUGUUGUUCAAGCGUUUUGAUGAGGAGAAUGUUCAUCUUGUUGUUUUCAGAGUUUCCGGCAACGCUUUGGCUUGUAGAGUCUGAAGAGCAUACACGGAUUUACCAGAAUUUCUAGCUUCAGUAACUUAUGUAAACUUUCUCUUGUUGUCAAUUACAAAACUCAAUGGCUUUUCUUGCCCCAAUGUAACUACUACUAAUCUUUGUACAACUGAUAACUUCGCAGUUCUUCAGUCUAUGUUUCCAGUUCCUCUUUGUAUUAUAAUAUCAACUUGCUUUCCUUUAGACUCA